CAUUAUUUUCUUUCAUUCCUGUCCCCCCCAUCCUUUUUACUUUUUGCCCUCUCCAAACACCACAAAAGUGUGUGUGUGUGUGUAGAUAUAUAGUGCUUGUUGAGGCGGUCCUCUUGUGUUUUCAUUUGCAGGCUGCAUCACCAUCACCAUGGCGAUUCUUCCUAAUACUUCUACUUGUUUGGAGCUAACUAUGUCGAUCCCAGGCUUACCUUCAUCUUUGUCUAUCCCUUCUUCAGGGGAAGGUGGUGGAGUUUCAAUGAAAGAUUUGGACAUAAAUCAAAUCCCAUCAGGAGGUGAAGAAGAAUGCAUGGAAGAUGAAGAUGAGAGCCCAAAUGGAUUUGGAGGCCAUCCAAGGAAGAAACUCCGUUUAACAAAGGAACAAUCUCGUCUUCUCGAAGAAAGUUUCCGGCAAAACCACACCUUGAACCCUAAACAAAAAGAAGUUUUGGCCAUGCAAUUAAGGCUCAAGCCGAGACAAGUGGAGGUUUGGUUUCAGAACCGUAGAGCAAGGAGCAAGCUGAAGCAAACAGAAAUGGAGUGCGAGUACCUAAAAAGGUGGUUUGGAUCAUUAACAGAACAAAACAGGAGGCUGCAGAAGGAGGUGGAAGAGCUGAGGGCAAUGAAAGUUGGUCCACCAACCGUGCUAUCCCCGCACAAUUGUGAGCCUCUUCCAGCAUCCACCUUGACCAUGUGUCCUAGGUGCGAGCGUGUCACAGCCACCAUUGCUGUCCAGCAAGACAGGGCCGGCCCUACCACCACCACCGCCACCGGCACCACCACUUCGGCCAACCCCACGUUGUCGGCUAAAGUGGGCUUUGUUCGGCCCCGACAUCCUUCCGCAGCUUGCUAGUCAAGAAAGCUUCUCAUUAUGUUGCAAUGAGCAAGGGAAGAAAGGAAAAAAAGAUGGUAGAAGAUUGUUGAAGAUUUGUUCAUAGUAGUAUUAAUAGUUUUUGCUUUUCUCUUUUUGUUAGGAAUUCAAUAGUAAUGGCUGUAGGGCGUACAAUGUAGUGGGAACUCGGUAUUCAAAGCACUAACUUGGCAUCUAUAUAUUACUACUAAGCUAACCAACUCAAUUUGGUAUCCUC